AUGGCUGAGGAGAUAGUCUGUGAAAGUACUGGAAAAGAUAUUAAAGGAGUAGGCCUGGAUCCAUCCCACCACCAGCUAGAGCCCAGGCUCUGGUACAGGACCUCCUCUUCCAACCAGAAGACCACCACGGGAGCUCAGGCCCAGCAGAGAUCUGCUCACACUGACGACUCUGAAAAGGAAUCCUGCCCAAGCAGUGAUGAAGAGGAGGAGGAGGAUUCUGAAUAUGAUGAAGAUGGAGAUAAUUAUAUUAUUGAUGACUUUGUAGUACAAGAUGAGGAGGGUGAUGAAGAGAAUAAAAAUCAACAAGAAAAAAAAUUGACUACCUCUCAAUUGAAAUUAGUAAAACAGAAUUCUCUUUAUUCUUUUAGUGACCACUAUACUCACUUUGAAAGAGUUGUGAAGGCCCUUCUGAUCAAUGCUUUAGAUGAAUCUUUUCUGGGAUCAUUGUAUGAUGGCACCAGGCAAAAAUUGUAUGCCCAAGAUAUGUUGACAUCUCUUCAUUAUUUGGAUAAUCGCUUUGUUCAGCCCAGUCUAGAGAGUUUAGCUUCUAGAAGUCGUUGGAAAGAUCAAUAUAAGGAGCAGGUAGAAAAUUAUUCUAAUGUGAGUAUCCAUUGGAAGAAUCCUGAAAACUGUUCCUGUCAGGCUUGUGGAUUGCAUCGCCACUGCAGAUAUUCAGUGCAUUUAUCAGGAAAGUUGUAUAAUACCAGGACUAUGGAAACAGAUGAUUUUAUGUCACAUGAUAAACGGGUGUUUACUGUUGGCAGAAUAUGUGCUGAUCGUACCAGAAUUUAUCAUAAACUGAAACAUUUUAAGUUCAAACUCUACCAGGAAUGUUGCUCUCUUGCAAAGACAGAAGAAGUUGAGGAUGAACAGGUUAAAGAAAGUGUGGAAAGAAUUUUCAGUCAGUCAACAGAAAAUGGCUGGAUUAAAGAGAAAUAUGGUCAACUUGAAGAAUAUCUCAAUUUUGUGGAUUACUUUCAAGAUGAGAAGUUUGACUGAAUUGUAAUACAUUUCCUUCAGAAAAGAUUUUAUAAAUUCCUGUAAAUGUGAAGAUCAUGAACCUUGUUUCGCUGUACUAUGUGGCAUUUUAUAUGUUUUUUGUGUAUCUUCAAGCAAAAUAUCUUGUUUAAAACAUGUUCAUUUAAUUUCCCAUGAAAUGGCACUCUAUAUCUGAUAAAACUUUUAACUGCUGUACAUGGAAAACAAGCUUAAUAAUUAUUAAGCCCAUAAAUGUAUUUUAAAGUUAUCUAACAAUGCCUUUAUUACAGAUGACUAUCAAGUGAAUGAGCUAAUCAUGUUCUGUCAGUUUAGUAGAAAUAUAUUGUAUUUUAAAAUAUUUAGCCUAACAUCUAUAUAUAUUUAAUGUUGAA